AGAAGUUCAAUGUUCCAGGAUUUGUCUCCAAACUCUGGACGUUGGUUGAAAGUCCAAGCACCAACGAUGUUAUAUGUUGGAGCUCGGUAAGGCCGAAGCCGGACACGUAUUUAGAGUAGACUAGUUUUACGCUUUUUUAUUUUAUUUUGUAAUACACCUUAAUUACAGUGCUCUAUAAACCUGGUUCUAGUGUGCACGUUAGUUGCUUUGUUAUUUAAGAAAGGACAGAAUUUCAGGGUAGUGGAUGAACAGAAGUUCACAUCAGAAAUCCUUCCAAGAUACUUCAAGCACAACAACAUGUCAAGUUUCAUUCGACAGCUCAAUAUGUAUGGGUUUCGAAAGGUGGUGAGUGUGGACUGUUGUCUGAUUAAACAAGAAAAGGAUGGUGGCAUUGAGUUUCAUCAUCCUUGCUUUGAGCAAGGCAAAGAAGAUAUGUUGGAAAAUAUCAAACGCAAGGUGUCUUCGGUCAGAACAGAGGCAACGAAGAUCAGCCAGGAAGAAAUGCACAAAGUGCUGUUGGAUGUGCAUCAAGUGAAAGGUAAACAGGAUGACAUGGAUUCGAAACUGGAAACCAUGAAGAGGGAAAACAAAGCUUUGUGGAAGGAACUGGCUUCUCUCAGAAAUAAGCACAGUCAACAGCAGAAGAUGAUAGGCAAGGUAAUUCAGUUCAUUGCAAGUCUUGUCAAUGAAAAUUGCGUUGUUGGAAUCAAAAGAAAAAGGCCAAUCAUGAUGUCAGAAGAAGCACCUCUCGCAAAACACAGCCACCCUCAUGUUCUUGGAGCCGAUGAACAGAGUGGUAAUGGUUACUCAGACAGUAAUGGCACUACCCUUUCAAGCAGGGUUGUCAUUACAGACAUCACAAAUAUUUCCAAGCCUGGUAAAAGUGGUGAGCUUAUUCAGUCUUUCUCAGAAAAAGACAAAGUUAAGAGGGGUGGCCUGUCAGGUAAAGUAAUGACUGAGGCCUGUGACUCCGGUUCUGGAAAGGAUGAUCAGACAGCACCAAGCAGUCCAAUCUCAGCCUCAGUCAGUCCUCCUGAAACCAAGCAAUUAAAUACAGACACCACAGCAGCCCGCACUGAGGCCAGUGCUGCUGAGUUUCCAGACAACUUAAUUGAAUCCAUGCUCGAUGAGGCUGGGGAUGAGGUUGCUCUUCAGGGUGAUUCAAUAGGGGAAAGGAAUGAGGUCUUGGACUUCCUGGGUAGCGUUGAUAUCAGCUUGGGAAACUUGCAUUCACAGCUGUCUGGAAAUCAGUUCAACAUCAGGCCUGAAUUGAUUGGUGAACUUUUUAAUCCUGGCAUUUCUGCUAAGGAUAUGAACAUCAUAUCGCCAAGUUCUGCUAAUAUUGGAACUAUGUCAGAAUAUUUUGAAACCAGAGACAAUGCAGAGACAGAUGAAAUUGACAGCAGUAAUGGGAAGCAUGUAGUGCAGUGCACACACAAUCCCCUGCUAACCUUAAUGGAUGAGCUUUGCUGUAGUUUAGAGUCAGAGGUGGCUGGCCCUGCAGAGCCCUCCUUUCUGUCUCUUGAGGAAGAGCCUUCUGUGCCAUUCACAGAUUGCACAAGUGACGUGAGAGUGGAGUACAGCCCUAACAACCAAACGACUGGCAUUCAUGAGCUUUACGAGGAAAAGAACAAAGGACCAGACAACACACUCAAUCCAUCUUUUUCAGAAGAUGUUCUAUACAUGUUGAAUGAGGACGCCUUGUGAACACUCCCUUGAAUCAUCUCUGUAAAACCUUAAAAAAAAAAAAAAAAAAAAAAAAAAAACAUUGCAUACCUUUGAUGCUACGAUAGACAUUUGUAACCCUUACACCUUCUCUAAAUGUCUGCCUUGUGACAGCUGCUGCAUUAAGCUUGUGUCGGUCACUGUGACCACUGCAUUGGACACAACUCCAUGUGAUGACUGUUGAUUCCAUGAAGCUAAAAGAACAGCUUUAGCAGGUGCUAGCCUACAGAAGUACAUACCUCCAUUGAAAAUACUUAAGAGAUACAGGGGAGGAGUACGUAACAGCUUCCUUGUACAUUCUUGGUCAUCCAUGCAUCCAAUUAACAGAAAACUUCCCAAACUUUAGGCAUUUUCCCACCAGUUACAAAUAUUUUCGCAUCAGUCUGCAGUAACCUUGUAAACACAUUGAUGGUGCUAAGUGACCAUCUUAUCCCCAUGCAUCUUUUGGGAAAAGUCACUGCAUUAGCAAAACUAUAAUUCACAUUCAGGAAAUUGUUUUAUUUUUUAAAUGGUUAAACAAACACGUUUAUUGUGGAAACUCAAGGGACGUUUGUUACAUAGCCAGUAAAUCAUUACAAAACAUAUAUAGUAAUAAUAACACCGUGUAACAAAUUUUUUUUUUUUUUGGUUCCUGGAUAGUAAGUGUUAUUUCCUAAUU